AUGCAACAUCAAGGUGUAUUAAGAAUAGGAUCCUAAGAUUCCUUUUCUCGCAAAAGCCAAAUGAAUCAAUUGCACACAACUCCCAGUCAUCGAAAAACCUCACAAAAUAAAUAGCAAUCAAUAGAUUAAAUACCAGAUAAUGCAUUGGAAAAAUUCUACCUCUACAAACAGAAAAAGAAUGAUAUUAGAAUGAAAUAAUAAUUGAGCAAAUAGACACAAAGAUCAACGCAGAACUCUAUUGCAUAAUAAAAUAAGUUCUUCAUUAAUGCCAAUUUCGUUAACAAUUAAGGUGGAUAGUAAAAGCGAUCUGCCCAAUCUGUUACGAUUGAGGCUAUGGAAUCAGUAAAAAGGACAAUCAAAACAGAUAUGGGCAAUCCUACUUCAGUAUUGAGCAAAGCCAAAAGUUUAGGUCCGGAUGAAUAAAUGCAAUAAGUCAAACAUCAUAAUGUUGUUGUCAGAUUUGGUAAUCAAGACUUUUACUUCUAUUUCGAUUCUCAUCUUAAUAUGAGAUAAAUCUGGUUUCAAAUCUUGCAAAGAUUACAUGAUUUAGAAUUCGCUAAUCCACAAGAAUGCUAUGCUAAUCUUAAAGAUAAACCAUCAGUCAAUUAAAUAGUUAGUUUUGUAUCUUAAUAACAUUCAAUCUCUAUAGAUUAUUACAUCGCAUAACCAGACUUAUCCUUUAACGUUUUUAUGAGUUCAGGAUUGAAACUAGAAGCAUUCUUGUUAUAGGCUUCACCUGAACCAAAAGUUGGUCUUAAAGACUUUAUAUUCUUAAAAAAUAUAGGAGUGGGAGGUUUUUCUUUAGUGUACCUUGUCAGAAAGAAGGAUACCGGAAAAUUCUACGCCUUGAAGUUAAUAGAUAAAGAGUUUAUUAUUGCAAAAAAGAAAUAGUAAAUUGUUUUAAAUGAAAGAAACAUAAUGACGCUACUCAACAGCCCAUUUUUAUUACAUUUAUCAUAUGCCUUUGAAUCAAGAUAGUUUGUAGUUUUUGUUUUGGAAUUUUGUCAAGGAGGGGAACUCUUUUUCCAACUUAAAUAGAUUAAAAGAAUGAGUGAAGAAUAAGCCUGCUUUUACAUUUCAGAAAUUUGUUUGGGUUUAUAAGAGAUUCAUUCCCUUAACAUAUUAUAUAGAGACAUCAAGCCUGAAAACAUUUUAAUGGACAUAGAAGGUCACGUUAGAAUAGCCGAUUUUGGUUUAAGUAAACCUGAAAUUGGAAGAGAAGAAAAAGCAUACAGUUUUUGUGGAUCUCCUGAAUACAUGGCUCCAGAAAUGUUAUUAAAAUUGGGACAUUCAUAAACAGUAGACUUUUAUUGUUUGGGAGCUUUACUGUAUGAAUUACUUACAGGAUUACCUCCCUAUUAUUCAACAAAUACCAAUCAAAUUUACUAAGACAUUUUGUACUCUAAGUUGUCAUUUCCAAAUGAUUUGACUUUAUCGAGAGAAGUUAAAAGUUUGCUGAUUGCACUUCUUGAAAAAGAUCCAAUUUAGAGAUUAGGUGCCAAAGGAGGGGUAUAAGAAAUUUUGAAACAUCCUUUUUUCUCUCAAAUUGAUUUUAAAUAAUUAGCACUUAAAAAAGUAAAGCCUCCAUUUAAACCUGAUCCCUUAAAAAUGAAUUUGGACGAAAAAGAGUCUUAAAGAGGAGAAUAGGAUUUUAGAAAAAAAAUUGCCUAAGGUAAAACUAUGAAUUUACCAGUAAUUUUUGGCUCCUCUUUUUUUUACGAAUCUCCUUAAGAAGCUCAAACAAAAUCUGUCUAUAAAGAAUGGAUUUCACAUACAAAUUUAUAGCCUAAUACUCCAUGUGUUGCAUCAUAUCAUAGUUAAGGAAGAUCCGCUAAAUCCUAGGAUAUUAUUCCAUUGAUUUAAUCAGUCAAAAAUAACCCUAGAUCUCGGUAAAUGCUUAAUUAAAAACAAAAUUUUUAUAAGGCGUCAGGACAAAAACUCUCUUUAGAAAGAAUAAAUUAAGAAAAAAAGUUUUUUUCUAAAGUGUGA